AUGUCCUCCAGAAACGUCACUUAUUGUCUCUCGCGGGACCUAGAUUUCCCCUUUAGAGUUAAGAUCACAGCAUUGGAAGGCUCAAAACAACUACUUAAAGAAUCAACAAAAUUUACAAAUCCUUCAACACUCAAAAAGUUAUCCAAUUUUCAACAAAACUCAGACUUAUUUGCCACUGCAGUCGUCACAUUAGAUGGAUUACCACUCACAUUGCCAAUUACAACACCUUAUACCUCAUUCAGGAAUUCAAGAAAGUGGAAUGAAUGGCUUGAACUACCCAUAAAAGUUAAUCAAUUACCAUUCACAUCUAAAUUACACAUUACUCUAUGGGAAUUUGAUGAUUCUAAGAGAUCUAUAUUUGGUGAAGCUGAAUUAAACAUCUUCAAUGUUGAAGAUGAUUGCACAUUGAAAAGAGGGAGACAAAAAUUGGAUUUGAUAUUAGCUGAUAACAACACUAUAAACCUUGUUAAAUCUACCCAACCCACCAAAAUGGAUGAUUUAGAAAAAUUGAUUAAAAAACAUGAAAAUGGUGAUAUAAUAUCGGUUGAUUGGCUUGAUAACUUAACUUUCCGUAAAAUUGAACAAACUAAUAGAGCUCAAUCUACAGAUUCACAAUUCUUAUUAUUCAUUGAUUUGGUACAAUUUGAUAUACCCGUUGUUUUUUCAGAUUUUAAAUAUCCACCUCCACAAAUUCCAACUUAUAUCCCAACUGAACAACAACCACCAUUAAAUCAACCAAAAAUUAAUACUGGAAAAUCAUCAACUCUCAAAAUUUAUGACCCGGAACAAUAUGUUUCUGAUCCUAUAGAACAAAAAUAUAGAAAAUUGGAACGUAGUCAUAAAGAUGGUCCAUUAGAUCGUGAAUUGAAACCAACAGCCAAAAUAAGAGAUGAAUUAAAUAAGAUUUUGAAUUAUUCAUCUGUUCAAGAAUUAUCACAAUAUGAAAAAAAUCUUGUUUGGAAAUUUCGUUAUUUUUUAAUUAAUAAUAAAAAAGGGUUAAACAAAUUAUUGAAAAGUAUAAAUUUCUCUGAUGAAACUGAAAGAAAAGAAGCAUUAAAAUUAAUUUAUAAAUGGGUUGAAAUUGAUAUUGAAGAUGCUUUAGAAUUACUCGGUCCAAAUUUUAAAGAUAUUACUGUUAGAACUUACGCUGUGGAGAGAUUGAAGAAAGCACAUGAUAAUGAAUUAGAAUUAUAUUUAUUACAAUUAGUCCAGGCACUCAAAUAUGAAUCAUUGACAAGUUCAAGUUCCAUUGGUAAUAGUGAAUAUUCAAUUGUGGAAUUGAAUGAAUCUACAUCAUCUUCAAUGUUGAAUGCAUCAUUAUCACCAUUAUCACAAUUUCUUGUUGAUAGAGCAUUAGGUAAUGAUAGACUUGGAAGUUUCCUGUAUUGGUAUUUAAAUGUUGAAUCUAAGGAUAAACCAAAUUCUGUAUAUAAACAAAUAUUGGAUCACUAUUUGAAGAAUUAUACAAAUGAUGGUUUAACAAAGGAGAUAUCACUUGUUGACUCACUAGUUAAAUUGUGUUUGAAAAUUAAAAAUACUAAAGAUACAACACCCAAAAAAAUUGAAGCUUUAAGAUCAAUACUUGAUACUAAAUUUAAAAGUUUCCCACCGGUAAAACUCCCAUUAGACCCUUCAGUGGAAAUUUGUGGUACUAUAUCAAGUGAAAGUUCCGUUUUCAAGAGUUCAUUAUCACCAUUAAAAAUCACAUUUAAAACAACAGAUGGUGGUGAAUAUCCAUUAAUGUUUAAAGUUGGUGAUGAUUUAAGACAAGAUCAAUUGGUUAUUCAAAUCAUUUUAUUAAUGAAUAGACUUUUAACUAAUGAAAAUGUUGAUUUGAAAUUGACACCAUAUAAAAUCUUAGCUACCGGUCCAACAGAAGGUGCUAUUCAAUUUAUACCAAAUAGUACACUUGCUAGUGUUUUAGCUGAAUAUCAUGGUAUAUUGCCUUAUUUGAGACAUCAUCAUCCAGAUCCUAAUGAGGAAUUAGGUGUUAGUGAUUGGGUAAUGGAUAACUUUGUUAAAUCAUGUGCUGGUUAUUGUGUCAUUACAUAUAUUUUAGGUGUUGGUGAUAGACAUUUAGAUAAUUUAUUGAUUUGUCCAGAUGGUCAUUUUUUCCAUGCAGAUUUUGGUUAUAUCUUGGGACAAGAUCCAAAACCAUUUCCUCCAUUAAUGAAACUUCCUCCACAAAUCAUCGAGGCAUUUGGUGGUGCAAGUUCUCCAAAAUAUAACAUGUUUAGAAAUUAUUGCUUUGUGUCAUAUUCAAUCUUGAGGAAGAAUUCUAAUUUGAUUUUAAACUUGUUUGAAAUGAUGAGAGAUUCUAGUAUCCCAGAUAUUACUAUUGAACCUGAUAGAGCUGUUUAUAAAGUUAAAGAGAAAUUUUGUCUUGAUAUGAGUGAAGAAGAAGCCAUCAUUCAUUUCCAAAACUUGAUCAAUGAUAGUGUCAGUGCGCUUCUUCCGAUGGUGAUUGAUAGACUACAUAGUUUGGCGCAGUACUGGAGAGCCUGA